AUGUCUUUAAGACAUGCUAUAAGCAAAACUGCUUCAGACCUGUUGCACAAGCUCAAGAAUGAUGUACAAGGUGUCAAGAACAAGCUGCAGGUUCAUAAUGACAACACUGUCACUGCUGUUGAAGAUGUCGUUGACAAGUGGUGUGGCAGGGUUGAGGAGCUGAAGAAAGUAGUGCGCACGAUGAAUGAAAUGAACCCGGAUUGCCUGGAGCACAUAGAUCAAAUGGAACAUGCUUACGAUGCUCUAUGGGAGAAGACAGAGAAUCUUGUUGCGAUAAUCAAUAAGGGGCAGUUGAUGAAUGUGAACGAGGCUGGCAGUGCACCUCAGGCAGUCUCACAUGCUGCUUUGAAAGCUGAAGAGAAGCCUGCGUGCAAAGAACACAACAACCACCUUCAGGACAAAGCUAUGUCGGCAGAAGAGUUGCAGAGGACUUCAAUUGCAGACAUUGAGUCUGCAAUUUGUGCUGUGUGGGAUAUGCUAAGAGUGAAGCAUAGGGCUGCCUGGAAAGACGAGAAACUGUUAGAUGCAAACAGAGAAGUGUUUGCCCAAUCAGAGGAGCAAGAGCAUUUAUCUGCUCUUGUUGAUCCCAAGUACAACUUUCUGUUUGAGUGGAAAUAUCAAUCAACAGAUGAGUCCAGUGAUGAUGAAGGAGGGCCUAUUGACUCUGAGAUAUCUGAGGAAAAAUGUGACAAGCCAGCCAAUUGGCAAAGUGAAUGGAUCUCACGGCCACCAGACUAUUGCACUGAGCAUGAUUCACGCACUCAGUCUCUUUACUCUGUGCCACGUCUGUGCAUUCUUUCAAGAUCUCUUACUGCUGUCUCCAUGGCUGCAAAGCACAAGCCCAAGCAGGCUGCACUGCCUGUAGUCCAGCCUGUUUUUGCUGUCCCUGGUACUCCACCAUCUGUGGCCCGUAUGCAUUUGGAGACUCCUGUCACUGGCCCGACACCCAAUUCCAGUCCCCACCCUCAUAAAUGUUCAAAUGCAACCAAUCCCUCUGGAUCGUCUGCCCCUGCUCUUGCCUCCAGCAUUCACAUCCUCACAGAUGUCAGUGUCCUCAUCUACUUCAUCAUGCUCUCGCUCGAACCAGAGGCCAUCUUUAACAGUGUGAUAUGGCCGCACCCCUGCUCCUCCCAUCGUCUAAUGCACUGUCAAUCCCCCAAGCAUAUCAUCUACUCCACGCUUGCCCUCCCUUACUUCAUCCGAAGCAUCCUCAUCCUCACAGAUAGGCCAUCGACGAGCCUUGAUGACCUUCAUGUCUACAUGGCUGAGGAAUGUUGUGGGCCAUCGGCCCGCACACCUUGCAUGGUUGAUCUGAAGCUCAAGCGCAACUUUGGUGCUGACACACAUUCAUUAUGGCCUACUCAUGAGGACAUGGUCAAUGCCAGCAUGACCUUUGGUAGGGUGUACUUCACUCCACUCCAGCCUAAUACUGAGGUGAAGCAUGCCCAUGCAAAGAGCCUCUGGCUAGACGAAGAAAAGGCAAAGGCCACACUCGAAGUGGAUGCACCCCUACCUGCACUCAAGCACAUCAAACAGUUCCUCUUUGUCACCUUUACCACAGGCAAGUCAGACUUCAAAGGUGAUCAAAUAUUAGAGCUUUGUGAAGAAACUGUUGCCCAUCUGCAAGUGACCAAACGUAUCAUGACUACUGCAUGCUCCAAUACCUUCUUCAUCUCCAGCCAGUGCAGUGGUGCCCUCAUCUUGGCCCGACACUAUGAAGACUCCAAAGAGUCAGCACAUCACACUGAAUGGUGGCAAACUGGCAUAGACAAGGACAGUGGUCUCCGCACCCAACUAUUUAUAGAUUGGCACUACAUGAAGAACAUGCAUAACCUUAAGAGUGAAUUCAUCAAAAGCAACAUAUCAUUUUUGCCUGCUGACAUGGCUUACCUCAACUCUACACUGGCUUUGUUCUCACUCCUCAUAUUUCGUGGCAUGUUUGAAGAAGAUGUUCUCGCUUGGCACAAAAAUCCAUCUCUUGUGCUGCACUUUCCAUACAAGCUCACCAUCAAGGAUGAGUUUCUGGACCAAGCCCUGAUCAUCAACGAAAACCUCAAGGACGCCACCUAUAACAUGCUUCAUCAUUGGUUCAGUAAAACUUUUCAACUUGCUCAUUCUGGUAUGGCUUUGCUGGCUGGAUGGCAGACAGGGUUCCGAAGCUCGGAGCACGCAAAGACUACAUAUCAGGUUCCUGAUCGCCCCAUCGAUCUUUCUGCUGCACGCUACGAUGUAACGAGUGUUGAUCAUGACUUCCUUGACUGGCACAAGUCAGUCGACUAUGACAGGAAUGAUCUCACUCAUGCACCCCUUGAGGCUUCUAUUAAGGCACUCACCAGCAACCCUGAAAUUACAUUGCUAAUUGAAGAGUGGGAGGUCCUCGAGCUGCCCGUCUCUGACAAGUAUCAAAAGCUGAGCUUUCAGCUAAAUACGGUGAAUGAUGUCAGAUUCGACUCUGAUUCUCAUGUCACUGCUGCCAUGGAUGCUUGGACUGAUCCUCCUGUCAUGCAGAAAGUCCACUGCAAACUAGUCACAGAGAGUGAGCAACAGUCAUCGACCACAUUCUCUGCUUUGACACCAGCUAGGAGCAGCCGCUCUAUCUCUGCAUCCACUAGCAGAGUGACCUCUGUUUCCUGUGAUGUCUGCUCUGGUGCAUCCAUGCCAGCGACAGCCUCAACACGUGCAUCUUCUCCAGCUGUAACAGAUUACAGCCUUGAUGAAGAAGCCACAGGGUUUUAUGAUGAUGAUGAUGGCACAGAGUCCGAGAUAGGCAUAGAGACCACAGCUCCGGGUGACUUCAAUUUCGACGUGGACACUGCAAAGAAAAUGGUCCUUAUCCCUAUCAUCAAAUCCUCUCCAGGGAAUGCUCGCUAUGCCAUCCUAUACCAUUAUCUUGUCCUUCUGAAAGCAGAUCGUCUCCAUAACCAAGGAUAUUGCCCUUUCUGCUAUGACAAUUCUACCCUUCCCAAGGACAAACAUGAGAAGCACCAUUCACGUAACAUGGGCCAACACAUUUGGUGCUGCCACAUCGAGCCUGAACUAGAAGACUAUGAAGCUGCUGACCUGCCAGACAUUGACCCAACCAGUCUAGAUGGUGUCAUAGAUGAUGAUGUCUAUGAUGCAGACACUGAUGAUAUUGCCACACAAGCAGAAGUCGAUGUGACCGGUUCACACCAUGCCACCAACACAGUCUCUGACAUCACUAAAAUCACUCAUGAAGAGUCUCUAUGGUGUAUGCUUACUCGAGGCUGGCAAGCACUGAGCGCUCAAGUGCAUCACCAAGUCUCCAUAAGGGCCUUUUCGCUCUUCUUUCACCCCAUUUGUUUGUUUGAUGAGGAGCUGCCAUGGGACUACAAGUUCGAACGUGGAUGCAAGAAGCUACAUAGGCUGUUUAAUAUCAUGGACUAUGAACCUAUGGUGAAGCAUCUCUAUACUCACUGGAACAAGAGAAGUGUGACCUCGCUGGACUAUACCAAGCAAUUCAACUGUGCCUUUCCUCCUUGCAACUGCUCCAAAAUACGCACUCUGAAAGAGAUGGUCGAACACUUGCACAAUUUGAGAAUCGCAGAAUGGCCGAUCAGCAGCAUGCAUAUAAAGGCAUUGAGAAGGCAUUCCAAUCCAAGACUGCUGCCACCAUGGAUGACGACACACACUGCUGCUCUCUCUGACAACAUGCUGCUGCCUCCCUCCAUGGACAGUAUCGCUUCAGAUGGUGCACUUAGCUCAGCACCUGCACCAUCAUUGAUCACUACCAACAUCGUGCUGCCACCUCCCCUUCUGAUUAUACCAACCCUUGAAGGCUCAGCAAACGUCACACCCCAUCUGCGUGAACUCUGCCAGUUUUUUGCUGCUUUUCAUGAAUCUAACCCAUGGAUCAAGGAGGAGCAGUUUGACCUGUCAGGAUUUUUCGAUAUGACUGAUGACGAGAUCAAGAGCACUUUUGCUGUGCCACUGGUCUCGAAGAUGUAUGUAAUGAACAGCAGCAUCAUAGGACUACAUAUAGUAGAGGCUAGUAUAGUGUUCAAGUAG